UGUCCCUGGGAGAAAGACACGACCACCUUGUUAAAAAGCAAUCUGUGGAUUAUUUUGCAGAAGUCAACGAAAGGUUCCGUUGUCCUUGACCAUGUUUUCCGUCACAUAAACCUUGUGGAGAUAGAUUAUUUUGGGCUGCGAUACUGUGACAGAAGCCAUCAGACAUACUGGCUGGAUCCAGCAAAAACUCUCGCGGAGCACAAGGAGCUGAUCAACACUGGACCUCCAUAUACUUUGUAUUUUGGUAUUAAAUUCUAUGCUGAAGAUCCCUGUAAACUCAAAGAAGAAAUAACCAGAUAUCAGUUUUUCUUACAGGUGAAGCAAGAUGCCCUUCAGGGCCGGCUGCCCUGUCCUGUCAACAUUGCUGCUCAGCUGGGAGCAUAUGCCAUCCAAGCUGAACUUGGAGAUCACGAUCCAUGUAAGCAUACUGCAGGAUAUGUGUCGGAGUACCGGUUCGUUCCUGACCAGAAGGAAGAGCUGGAAGAAGCCAUCGAAAGGAUUCAUAAGACUCUAAUGGGUCAGGCUCCUUCGGAAGCUGAGCUGAAUUACUUGAGGACUGCCAAAUCCCUGGAGAUGUAUGGUGUUGACCUCCAUCCGGUCUAUGGAGAAAAUAAGUCUGAGUAUUUCUUAGGACUAACUCCAGUGGGUGUCGUUGUCUAUAAGAAUAAAAAGCAAGUGGGGAAGUAUUUCUGGCCCCGGAUUACAAAGGUGCACUUCAAGGAAACCCAGUUCGAACUCAGAGUCCUGGGAAAAGAUUGUAAUGAAACCUCGUUCUUUUUUGAAGCUCGAAGCAAAACUGCUUGCCGGCAUCUCUGGAAGUGCAGCGUAGAGCAUCAUACGUUUUUCAGAAUGCCAGAAACAGAGUCAAAUUCAUUGUCAAGAAAACUCAGCAAGUUUGGGUCCAUAAGUUACAAACAUCGGUACAGUGGCAGGACAGCUUUGCAAAUGAGCCGAGAUCUUUCUAUCCAACUUCCCCGGCCCAAUCAGAACGUGGCAAGAAGUCGAAGCAAGACGUACCCCAAGAGGGUAGCACAAACUCAGCCAGCUGGAUCAAACAACAUAAAUCGGAUAACUGCAAACACGGACAAUGGGGAGACUGAAGGAACAACUAAAAUUAUCGCACCUUCACCAGUGAAAAGUUUUAAGAAAGCAAAGAGUGAGAACAGCCCUGAUCCCCAAAGAAGCAAAUCUCAUGCGCCGUGGGAAGAAAACGGACCCCAGAGCGGCCUCUACAACUCUCCCAGUGACCGCACUAGGUCACCAAAGUUUCCCUGUACCCGCCAGCGUAACCUCUCCUGCGGCAGUGAUAACGACUCUGCGCAGCCAAUGAGGCGGAGGAAAGCUCAUAACAGUGGUGAAGACUCAGAUCUAAAGCAGAGGAGGAGGUCCCGCUCCCGCUGUAACACAAGCAGUGGCAGUGAGUCAGAAAAUUCUAACCGCGAGCACCGGAAAAAGAGAAACAGAAUACGGCAGGAGAAUGACAUGGUUGACUCAACGCCUCAGUGGGAAGCUGUAUUAAGGAGACAGAAGGAAAAAAACCAAGCGGAUCCUAACAACAGGCGAUCCAGACACAGAUCUCGCUCAAGAAGUCCGGAUGUCCAAGCGAAAGAGGAGCUGUGGAAGCAUAUCCAGAAGGAACUUGUGGAUCCAUCUGGACUGUCGGAAGAGCAGCUGAAAGAGAUCCCGUACACUAAAGUAGAGACUCAGGGCGACCCCGUCCGCAUCAGGCACUCGCAUUCUCCGAGGAGUUACAGGCAGUACCGCAGAUCCCAGUGUUCGGAUGGAGAGCGGUCUGUUCUCUCGGAAGUGAACUCAAAAACGGAUCUUGUACCACCACUUCCAGUGACCCGUUCCUCAGAUGCUCAGGGGUCAGGCGGCUCCACAGUUCAUCAGAGAAGAAAUGGAUCUAAAGACAGCUUGAUUGAAGAAAAACCUCAGUUAUCUACAAUCAAUCUGGCUGGAAAACACACAGUAAAAACAAUAAAAACUAUCCAGGCUGCCCGCCUCAAGACAGAGACUUGACCCGGAGUGGAAAUGCUGUGUGCCCCUGCUACUUUCGAAACUGUGAAUUAGAUACUACCCACAUAUCUCGGACAUGUCUUUAGCACAAGGAAAUAAGCAUUUAAGGUUUAUGUACAGCCUUCUUGUGCUGUGGGGCCUUUUGACUGGAAGGACCUUAUGAACUCACUGGAUGUCAGUCUUUUCCGAAACCCCUCCGACUCCGUGCACCUCAUCUCCAGCACAGCCAGGACCAGAUGGCUCUGAAAGAAGUCCCUGGACUCCUGGCCUGCAGACUGUCCUGACUUUUAUCCCCAUAAAGCUGUUUGUAAUAUUGUAUUUUGUGGCAUUAAGUCCCAAUUGUUAUUUACAAAUAUUGUAAAAAGCCCUUAAGUGUUGAUUUAAGUGUUGUCUUGUUUUCUGAGAAAAAAAAAAAAAAAAGCCUGUUUGGACUGUCACCCCUCCCACAUGUACCCAAGUUCUAGACCUUUUCCCUGUGCAAGGUGACUUCAGAUAGGGACAAUAAGAACCUUCUGUAUCACCGUCAGCUGUAACCCAUCUUUUCCCGUGGCAGGCCGUCUCCAGCCUCCUGGAAAUUCUGUUCCCUCCUUACUGUUUAAGCCUCUUCACAUUUUAAGACAGUCUCACCCUCUGUCCGCUUAGGAGUCUGUUGACUUGUCCCCUCUAGCCAUUCAGUUUUAUUACAGCCCAGUAAUUCAACUUUGCCCCAACAAUGCCUCCAGCUAUUCCUUUGAGGACAUCUUCAGCACCCUAAUGUUCAUUAAAACCCCUCUCAACUGGGGUAGACAGCUCAGUGAUACAGUGCUCUCUAAACUCAACUGUGGCCUUUAUUUACUCCCCGACACAGAAGCAAGCCAAACCCAAGGGUUCCCUCCAUCCUGUGUCUGCAGUCUCAUUGUCUCAUCCCCCCCCCACCCUGCUGUAAUUCUAGUCUGCUUCUACAGGACAUCCUUUGCAGCUCACCUCACUGGCCCACCUCCCUGGAACCACCCUCUCCCGUUAUUCCUGAUCUUGCUUUAAUAAAAACCCAAGCCUUA